AUGAUCGGGGUGACUUCCUUUGUCCUCCUACAUGACAUCACCACCGCGAUCAGCCCUUUGGGUGAAUUCGUGUUUGGUGUCCAUUGGACAUGGGAGACUUGGGAGAACACCACAACCUCCACCUCCAUGGCGGGUGACUUCUACCGUCAGGAUGAUUGGGGUCAGCCAGGUGGAGCAGUGAUGACCACGUCUUCUACUACCCCUGCCGCUGCUGGAGGACCUGAUGGUGGUGAGGAUGACUUUCGUGCUGAUGCCACUGUCGCUGACAUGACAGAAAGGAGUUUGCAAGGCUUGGUGGAUGGGCAACUCCUGGGUGGAGUGAACCAGUCUGGCCAUUUGUUGAUGGAGCUCCAUCAAGGUGUAGACUGGGCGUACGGCACGGUUCAUCGUUUAGCACACAGGGUGGUAGAAAAGACACUGGGGGCGGAACGCUACGGACACAGCUCUACGGUGAGAUGGGCCACCCAUGUCGCAACGGAUGAAAUUCGAACAGUUGGGCAGCUCUUGAUUCGCUUCGCAGACCUCGCGCUGCACAAUGUUCGGCGAGACCCGACGGACCCGAGGACUACACUGCCCACGACCUCGACUAUGUACGCUCACUACAGGGGAUGGGCCACCCGCUGGCGGGGGUAUUUUCGCGAGGUGGUUGAAGCAGUCAUUGCUCGACAAGAAGCCCUUUCGCAGCAGCAGCGGGAUGACCUUCAGGCUCGUGAAGACCAGCAACGUCAUCUAGCAGAAAUUGCGGCACGUGAGCACCUUCGGACACCGUUACCUGAUGGCCCCAGUGUGGGACUUGGAGUGCCGGUUGCAAGGACACCUAUCAUACCCCCCAAUCCAGUGUUCACUAAUGUUCCGGUGACUCCAAUGGAUGAACUGGUGACGGUGGAUGAGGUGUUGGAGGUUCCUUUGGCCACCAUGACCUCUACGACUUCUACGACGCCGGAACCUAUGGACCAUGAAGACCAGGAGGAAGAAAUCCCGGAGUACUUGGAAGUUCCAGUGGAUGAGGCGGAUGAGAUGGAGCUUCAAGAGGAGGGAGGGGAUGCACUGCCCGCUGAAGAGGAGCCCGACACAGGAUCUGGGAGCUUCAUUGAGGAUGCUGCCACUGCUAGGGGGGACGCUGCCACUGACAACACACUUGCAGGGGAUGUGGACACCCAUACGACGUCUGUUAUUCCGGGAAUUGAUGCUGUGGACCCCGAGCUUCCAGAAGCUGGUGAGGUGGAUCAUACAGUUGGGAACGAUGGUCCUGUAUUGGUGGCUGCAGUUCGACCUGGGGUGAAUGUGGACACGGUGGAGACUGUGGAGCGAGACCCUGUGGCAGAUACAGGGGUGGGCCCAGUGGUGUCAGAUGUGGGUGAGCCUUCGGAUGUGGUGCUUCUGUGGAUCCUCUGGUGUCGAUCCCAUGGCUGUGACUUCUUCGCUGUCCACUACCUCCACUACCUCCACUACCUCGGCCUGGACUUUGACUACCACGUCCUCUCCCCUACAACAGCCCCUGAUGUCCUCUUCGGCGCCAAUAUCCCCGUCGACGUUCUCUCCGUCCACAUCGUUGACUUCUACAUCUUCUACAUCUCCUAUGUCGUUGCAUGGAUGAUCGUCGCUGUCAAACUUGCCAGUGGGCUUGGAGUCCUCACCCGCAGCCUCGUCUUGAGCACCCCGCUCUUGGCGGAGGCCUCGGCGAGCUCUCCGAGCAAACUGAAGCGCUUGGGGCUGAACUCUUGCGCUUUCGCGACCCUGGCCUUCGAGUGCUUUCUAGCACCGUUGUGCUUGGUGGUUCCCGCGCUCACGGCAGGGUCUCCCAAUGCCGAAACCAGCUACCGGCUGUUCGUGGGCGGUGGCAUGAUCUUUCUCCACCUGGCAAUCGGUGCCUUGCAGUCGGGUGCCAUCGGCGCCUUCUUCCUCCCCUGCGCCGCCAGCUAUGUUUAUGGCUUGUCCUUCGCAGUGUCUUCCGCGACGAGUUCCAUCACAGCUGUGCUCGCUUCGUGGAGGUUCUGGCUGCCGAUAGUGAUCACGGCGACACCGGUGUUCGGUGCCUUCUGGGCACGGCCAUGCACGCGACUCUUACCGGAGCAUUGGCCUUUGACACCCAUGGCCCUGUUCCCCUGGAGUGAGAAGCAGUGGGUGAUGCUGCAUAGCCUGCUUGUUCGUGGUGAUACACGAUUGGUGGCAGUGGCAGCCACAUCAGAGCAGAAGGACAGCCGAUUGAAUCUCGCAGGGAAGCGAGUCAUCCCGAUUGAAUACGAUGCAGAGGUGCCCCUUAUGGAUCGGGUCGUCGCACCGCAACCAAACGAAGACCUUGUUGCCUAUGAUCUGUGGUCACGGGUGAUCGGUAUCACCACAUUUCAGGACCAAAUCUUGCAAGCUGUGCUUGAGUCUGCGUCAUGCUAUGAUUUCCAUGGGCCCUUGGAGACGGCGGAGCGCUUGAAGGUUUCGCAAAGGAUUCUGGAUGCUACUGCUGCCUUCUUGCAAGGUGAGGGGCGCGUGGUGGAGAUAUCGACUGGUAUGACCCUCUCAGAGUGCAGCUUCGUUCGUGUGGACAAGCAGCUGCGCAUUAGGGAGGUGCUUGCGGAUCCAGCA